GAAGGUUGUGAACAAGGGGCCGGGAACGUUCAGCACAUCAAAACAAAGUUAGAAACCCCCGAAUCUGCCUGGUCGCUGGAACGCUUUCAUUUUGUGUUCUGAAGAAGGACCAACGUCUCAAACACCAGAUCUGUCAAACUCCAAGCUUUCAGUGGGUGCGAAUGAUGAUUAAGGGCACACUGAACCGGAGCAUCUGGAGGUGACAGGAGGAGCCGUUCGAUAGUGGUGACCUUUCUCUGCACUGAUCAGUUUGAGGUUGUCGCUUUGCAAGCAGCAAUGGGGUGUGCACCGUCUCAUAGUGAAAUAAUCCAACACCUCGCAAAAAACACCUUGAGGCCUCUAAAGAAACCCACAGCUCGAGGGUCAGCAGACAGGACACACGUUGAGAGCCGAAAGCACUCAGUCGGCGGAGGGUCAGCCAACUCCAACAGCGAAUCCUCUGAGAAUGAUCAGGAGAAUGCCAUCCAGCCGAGAGAUAAGGACCAGCACCACAUGGAAGGAAACCAUUGCCAGAACCUGCCUGCGUCAGCAACGCCUGCUCGAACACCCAAACUUUACAAUGAGGAGACAAAGAGAGAACAAUUGGCAGCCGGUGCCAGGGUGGCAGUGUCAGAGGUUAUAGUUUCGCAGAAGUACGUACCUCGGGAAUUCGCUGAACAGAAACAGCAUGCGCACAGUGUCAGCAAGUUAGCUCAGCAACCCAGGAAAAGCAGGAAACAAAAAGGCCAGAGUCCAAAGCAGGCCAAGAGCACCAAGUGGAGACAGAAGAGCUUUUCCCAAUCAGCGGACGAAGAGAAAGUAGAUUUUCCCACCUCCCUGGUUAAUGCCCACCAAGCCGCAUAUGCUUACCUUAACCCCUGCCUUUCCAAGUAUGAUGCAGUUUUGAGUUUAAUUGAGCAGGCCGCGCACACUCAGCUAAUUCUCCAGCAGAUGGUGAGCUUCCUGACGCUGCGCUUUGAGGAGGUAAACCGCAUCCUAGAGGAAAUAGCUGGCGAAGGUGAGAGGCUCGUGAAAGAUGUCGGCGCUCAGCUUGCAUGGCCUACUGGGAGAGCAGCCCCACAAGAACAGCCCGAUCUCCUGCAACAACUGCUGUUGUACACUGUCAACAAGAUGCAGGAAACCAAUGGGACGGUAAGCUCCCUGACGGCCUCAGCCCUGCACGAAGCAUGCAGGUACCUGCAUUCCGCCACGGACACUUUCCAUAACAGGCUCACUGUCAAACAGGAAGUAGACAAGCGGUUGCAAAGAAUGAUAACUCAAUUGGCGGCCUGCACACGGCAACAACCUCAGAGCAAACACAGGGACACGGCCCUUCAUUCAGAGGACAGUGGCAUUGGUGGAGAUACUGAUUCCAUGAAAGAUUGCUGGAACCUUGAGAAAGGUGGGAGGCGUACAAGUUCAGAGUCCAGUGCAUAUCUCUUAAGCAGAGAUUCUCAUUCACACCCUUCACGAAGACAAGCAAGCCUUUCACACAUGGCAAGCUGUGCUUCAAAAUCGUAUGAUAGCACUGUCGAUCAUCAACUACGAGGCACCUUUUACUCACCCCAUGAGGAGACGGUAUCAUCCUCUGUAUCAAUCUGUACAUCUCAAUGUGCACAAGUCCAGAACAGAUCGUUCGGUUCUUUUGAGUCAGUAACAAGCACUGACUGCGAGACACUUAUUCGAACAGAGUCAAUGGAUUUCUGCUCCCUAGGUGAAGAGGACAAUGAGGAACGCAGCUUAGACAUAAUUGUUGGUGGGACACUUCAGCAGCCCAGGCCAUCCCUUCCAGAAAGUGAAGCUGUGCGGCCUGCUCCAAAAAGGAUCAACAUUCCCGAGAACGAAGAAAUGACCUUUAAGAUGAAAGACGCCAUUAGUGACAGAAUCCAGUUUGUCCCCAUCAACUCGGGAUCGAAUGCUUGGUCAGACGAAGAGAGCAAAGUGCGCCCGGUCAGGCCAAGCACUGCCAAGGCCUGCAAAACCCGUGUCAUCAAAAAGCGGCGAUCAAAGUCCGCAGAGUCACUAAAAAGCAAGGCAGAGGAUCCGACACUGCUGGAGCUUCAGAGAACUCAAAAGGACCUGAGCAGGAGGCUGGAGAAGAUGCUGCAGCCCAAAGGUGCAAACAACAAGGGUGGCUUCGAACAGAGGAAGACACCAGGAAUGCCAAAGCUGCCAACCAGCCUGCCUGGCACAGGCCAGGCAGCGCCUAGCACCAAGCUAAAAGUCUCCCUCCGCAGCAGCUUCAGUAUCCUGCCCAGUCAGGAGAAGAUGAGUCUCAGGAAAAUCCCACCUGGGUCAUGCUACCAGACCCAGGCCCAAAACCAAACUGAGGCCCAAACCCAGGCACAGCAGACCCAAGCCCAGAGCCAGAACCAGGGCCUAGUGCAAGGAAAGAACCAGAUCCAGGCCCAAAACCAAACUGAGGCCCAAACCCAGGCACAGCAGACCCAAGCCCAGAGCCAGAACCAGGGCCCAGUGCGAGGAAAGAACCAGAUCCAGGCCCAAAACCAAACUGAGGCCCAAACCCAGGCACAGCAGACCCAGGCCCAGAGCCAGAACCAGGGCCCAGUGCGAGGAAAGAACCAGAUCCAGGCCCAAGUCCAGAACCAUGCCCAGAUCCAGUCUGAGGACCAAGCCCAGGAUCAGACACAAGAGUCCCAGACCCAGUUGAAGGCCCCGGUCCAGACUGAGGCCCAGGCCUCUGCCGAGAAAAAGCAGGCAACACCCUGUCCUAUUGCCACUCACCCGCAGCAGACAGGAGUGCAAGGAUUGAUCACCACCUUCAGCCAGGGAAGUGCCAGCCUGACAACCAGCGAUGCCCCUUUCCUCCCCCAGGGGAGCUUCCCUCUCGACCUGGAAGCACGCAGCCGGGUGGCCGGGCCGCUGAUGAGUAAAGCAGCCCCAGGCAGAGCCAAUUGGAGAGGAUCCAUCACCAGCAGCUCUCGCAAGCUGCAGGCUGGAGCCAUGACAGCCGGCGACCAACCCUGGCUGCAAUACAAAAUCAUUAACCUCCGCUACGCUGGGGUCUCCUGUAGUCCCCAGGAAAACAGAGCAUCCCCCGAGUGCUCCCCCGAGUGCCCUCCCGAGCCCAGCAAACCCGGCCCCUCGCCCAAGGCCACUUCAUCCCUCGACAAGGCAGUGGCUCCAGCCACUCUCUCCCCACACGUCAGGCGGGGAGGAUUCUCCUCUCCCCCAUUCUGCCGAGGAAUAACGGGAGGCCCAGCUCCCAAUCCUUCUCCUCCCACCUCAAGCAAGGCCGUCCCCAGUCCCACCCUGCCGUCUCGAAACCUCUGCGUUCCAGUAGGUUACACCACACCCUCUGCCUCCAGAAAGAAAUGGCCAAACACGAUCUGGGGCUCUGAACAACCGAACCUACCAGCCUCUCCAGGUGAACUGAGCUCCACACUUGGCCUCAGGAGUUCAAGGCCCCCUCCUGUUCCUGUUAAACCGUCCAACCUCGCGACAGACCAUCAACCACCCAGCCUUGCGACAGACCAUCAACCACCCUGCCUCGCGACCGACCAUCAACUGCCCAACCUUGCAACAGACCAUCAACCACCCUGCCUCUCGACAGACCAUCAACUGUCCAACCUCGCAACAGACCAUCAACCGCCCAGCCUCGCGACCGACCAUCAACCGCCCAGCCUCGCAACCGACCAUCAACCGCCCAGCCUCGCGACAGACCAUCAAUCACCCAGCCUUGUGACAGACCAUCAAUCACCCAGCCUUGUGACAGACCCUCAACUGUCCAACCUCGCGACAGACCAUCAACUGUCCAACCUCGCAACAGACUCUCAACCGUCCAUGCUCGUGACAGACCAUCAACCUCCCAGCCUCGCGACAGACCACCAACUGUCCAACCUUGCAGCAGACAAUCAACCACCCAAUCCUCCGGUCCAUCGUCAACCACCAAGCCCUCUAACCCAUCGCCAACUGCCCAGCCGUCCAGCUCAUCACCAAGUGCCCAGCCCCCUGGUCCAUCGUCAACCACCCAGUCUCCCAAGUACCCCGGCCCAUCCUCAACCACCCAGCCCCCCAGUGCAUCGUCAACCACCCAGCCCCCCAGUCCACCGUCAACCACCCAACCCCCCAGUGCAUCGUCAACCACCCAGCCCCCCAGUCCACCGUCAACCACCCAACCCCCUAGUGCAUCGUCAACCACCCAGCCCCCCAGUCCAUCGUCAACCACCCAACCCCCCGGUCCAUCGUCAACCACCCAGCCCCCCAGUCUAUCGUCAACCACCCAACCCCCCGGUCCAUCGUCAACCACCCAGCCCCCCGAGCCCCCUGGUACAUCACCAACCACCCAGCCCCCCGGUCCAUCAUCAACCGCCGAGCGCCCCGGUCCAUCGUCAACCAACCAGCCUCCCAGCCCAUCGCCAAUUGCCAAGCCCCCCAGUCAAUCGUCAACCACCCAGUCCUCUGACCCGUCGCCAACUGCCCAGCCCACCAGUCCAUCGCCAACUGCCCAGCCCACCAGUCCAUCGCCAACUGCCCAGCCCGCCGGUCCAUCGCCAAUUUCCCAACUCCCUGGCCCAUCGCCAACUGCCCAGUCCUCCAGCAGCAGUCAAUAGCACCUCUCCACUUGAGAAAAUACCCCUUGACCACACCGAGAAGUCGGGGUCCAAUGCUUCAUCUAUAUUCUGCCCGCUGUCCAAAUCCAUCUUUGAAUCCCAGGCCCCUUCGCCACCAGUGGGCAGAGUGAAUGCAGCAGCUCAAACACGAAACAUCAUGCCGGGGAACAGGAGCCUGUUCACACCUAGAGCUACGUGGAAUAACAACUUCACAGUCAGGCAGCUGGGCGACAGGCCGAGAAGGUUGACCUUGAGUGGUGUCCACCCACAACCUUUUGUUAAGAAGAGUCACCUUCCAGACUUUAAAACUACAACUCAAAGCCAAGUGUCUGCAACUGGCUCAGCUGCAAGUGAACCCACUCUGCAUAGCAUUGGUUUAGGUGGGAGCUUUGAGAAAGAUGAUGAUCCGUGGACAAGGCAUUACGUGUCAGAGAUGAGUGGGGCUAGCCGUUCAAUCUCCCACCCAGAACUGUGUAUCGUUGGCCAGGGGCUUCAAUGAGUCUUACAGACACUGUUGAUAAAACCGUGCAACUUUCAGUACUCCCUGUCCAGGAUGACCUCAGAUUAUCUGGUUUAAUGGUAACGUGACAAAAUAAUCCUAUUGGUGUGUAUUAAGGAAGUUGACCUACAUAAAAUAAUAUGCUCAACAUGUUGGAAAAGGGUGUACACAGUUGAUCUUCUCAAGUGAGACUGCAUGGCUGUGAAAUUUUGAGAAUUCCUUCUUUCACCUGUAGGAAAACUUGCUUGGAAAUAGAAUUGAGGUGAAACAAAUGGAGUGAAAAUCAGCUGCUGGAGAUCGAAGGGACUUCCAUUAGUCUCACUCAAGAUCAACAGUCCUCAGCAUCAGCGUGAAGAACUAAAUAAGUAUGAGGAAUAAUUUAAGGCUAAGUAAAGAUUUGGCAUGGAAUUUCCAUGAAAGUUGAACAAAUUGGGAGCCGUUAGUUUGUGAAGGAUCCCCAAACGUGAAACCUUAUGGGUGAGAAUGAAUCAUCCACUGACAGCUUCUUGCACGCACUGAGACACAAUUUGCUGACAAGUUUCAUGAUCCGCUGCUCUUUCUAAUAAUCCGACAAUUUUUUUUAUCACUUUGUUGUAUUGUCCAAAAUGAAACAAAGAAGAAUAACUGGUACAAUUAGGGAUCUGGACAAAUAGGUUGAAGUCAUCUAGCCCUUUUGGUAUAGAACGUUUAAAGAUUUCUCAUUAUAGGCCAAUUUCAUUAUGGAUCAGAGGAUUUUUCUUGAUUUUUGCCAUUCUCUGUGGCAAACCUCCUUGGUUUCCAUGCCUUCAUAUGGAAUUGUUCCAUGAUGGUAAUGAAGCAUUGACGGAUGUAGAAUUAAAACCCUAUUGAAUUCUCAACAUCUUAUGACAGUGAACUCAAGCUACUCCCGCAGAGUUUAAAUGUACUGGUUUAAUUAGCACUACAUGUCUAAUUUGGUAGAAUGCUUUGAUAAAUCUAUAGGAUUCCUCUAUCAAAAUGUGCUUUCAACAGACAGCGUGCAACAUCUGUAGGGGGUGGGGGAUACUAGAAUAAGUCAACUGGUAUCACUUUCAGAACUGGCAUAAGUGAAGGCCAAGAGCCACUGUACAGGAUGCCAUCAUUAGUAUAGAGUGUUAAAGGCAAGAAUAUAUCUCAGUGAUAAAUUUAAAUGAAUAUUUAACCUGUCCUUAUCAUGCUUUCUGUUUAAUAAUAGACAAAAUUAUCCUUUUAAAUACAUACUUGAAAAGGAAGAAUUUUUUUAGGGCUGCUGGAGAAGAGCAGAGAAUGGAACUGGUUAGAGACCUCCUCCACAGAUUUGGCACAGGCAGAAUGGCUAAAGCCAAAUGGAAUCAUCUAGCUGUGAUAAUGAGAACUGCAGAUGCUGGAGAAUCCAAGAUAACAAAGUG